AUGAAGUUUCUCAACGCUCUUCUCACGUUGUCGGCCCUGGCGGUCAGCAUCGACGCCUUUCCGGUCUCGGUAACCAAAAAAGAGGAUGCCCAGACUUUCCAUGAUAUGUCUCUGCAUGACACUGGCAUCAUAGCCCGCCAAGCCCAGCCUCUCCAGCCUCCUCCGUCGGCCUUGAAUCUCGACGCGACACCUGAGGACGACAUGGACGAAUUCGAAGAGGUCGAGGAAGUUGACGACGUCACAAAUCCAGGCGAAGUCGAAGCCGAGGGCAAGAAAAAGAAGAAGAAGAAGAAGAAGGGCAAGAAGAAGGGCAAGAAGGAGAAGAAGCCCGAGAAGCCGGAUGCCAUUCCGGCUGCUGGAGCUCAACCUCCCGCAGCUGGCGCCCAGCCCGUCCCCGCUGCCGGUGCCGCUCCGGCCGCUGCCCCAGCCAAGGCCCCUGCUCCCGGAGCACCUGCAGCCGCUGGUCCCCCACCCGCCCCGGCGCCGGCGGCUCCUCGCUCGGUUGCUAAGGCAUUCAAGGCCUAG